AUGGCAUCGAUCCAUUGGAUAGCGGUUUGCUGUUUGACGUUAUGGAUAUCUAGUGGUGCAUGCUCUGAUCCCGGUAAAAAUUCAACCAUCGAUAAAAUCAUCGGCGGACUGGAAGCCAACCGUUACGAGUUCCCGUACCAAAUGUCCCUCCAGUGGAACCUGGGACCGAACCACCCCCGUGCUCCGAUCCAUUUCUGCGGAGGAUCUCUGCUGAACCGGAACUGGGUCCUUACGGCGGCUCACUGUCGCGUCCGGUACACCAAACGUGGCUGGAUCGAGGUCGUCGCCGGGGAGCACGACACUACGGUGAACGAUGGUGACGAACAGCGGAGACGUGUCACCAAGUAUACCAAUCAUCGCAGUUACUGCGGUGGAGUCUGCCCGUUCGACAUCGGAUUGAUUCUGGUUGACAAACCGUUCGAGUUGAAUCGAUUCAUUGUCCCGAUUAAGCUUCCUAAGCAGUACGAGAAGUUCUCCGGAGAUUGCGUUGCUAGCGGGUGGGGUUCUAUCUCGACGACCGAAAGGCCAAUGUAUCCGAAACGGUUGAUGAAAGCAGUGCUCCCAAUAGUGGAUUUCCGAACGUGCUACAAAUACUGGUUUCAGGAAGGUGAUCCAGACGCCCUGUCCAAUAUCUGUGCUGGACCGCGGGAUGGAUCUCGAAGCGUGUGCUCUGGAGAUUCCGGUGGCCCACUUGUCAAGUUCGAUGAGGAAGGCGGAAAUCCGGUGCUAGUUGGUGUGGCUUCGUGGGGAGCGGUUCCUUGCGGAAUGGAGGAGAAACCGGCCAUUUUUACAAAUGUGGCCAGCUAUGUCGAUUGGAUCAAGGAGAAUAUGAGAUAA